UGUUAGAGGGUACUUUACAAUGUGAAGCUAAAUCUUGUAAAACUAGCAUUUAAAAGAGCAAAUAAGAGAUGACAAACACAUGUAUCCAGGGCUCUGGAUUAAUAGUUAAAUAGUGUUUGUGCCUAAGCAACGCUUGCUGUCGUCGAGGUGUCUGUUACAAAGUCAAACAGCAGGCGAAAAGCACAACUAUGACCACAGGAAGAGAGAAAACAUUACCUAAAGUAAAGGGUAUAGAAAGGGUAAGUUUUUCCACAUUUACUGCUAUAGCCAGCCUGUAUGGUAAAAUUGGCCUAUAUCGGCGAAAGCUACAUGUGACAAUAAGGUUAUUUAAUAUGCAUGCACAAUAAAAUUUUUGUGUUACAUUUUAAGUCAACUAUGUUACUAUUAACACCACUUGUCCAUUUUAAGGAUUCAUUUACAAAUUGAUACACAAAAGGAUAUUUAAUGCAUGAGAUCAACACUUAAAGAUUUCCAAGAAUAUGUAAAAGUUUUUUUCAAGGCAUGCAGUAAAUAAUUUUUUGCAGAAACAUGACAAAGAGGUAUACACUGACAGAAGUGGCUGGUGGAGAAACACUAUUAAGAACUCUCCCAUUCCUGGCAGUUACCACAUCCGAGACUUCAUUGAGGAAAUGGGUCUCAACCCUGUGGCCAAAACGUAUGGCUUCAAAAGCACUGAACGGGGCAAGCUAAUGAUGUGUGUACGUAAAGGGGACGUGUUAUUGCCUGGAGCCUAUAACUUCACUGACUCCACCAAUGAGGCUCUCCGGCGCCAGGCAACUUACUCUUUCAAAAACUGCCCAAGAUCUGAUAACUACACUUUAGGGAUCAGGGAUAAGGAUAUUCGCCUGUCACCUGGUCAUUAUAAUGUUACAGAGAAGCCUGUCACCAAAUCACACUGCAAACACGUGAUGUUUCGUUCAGCGGUCCAGAGGGUCACUUUUCACCCUAAGGAUGGACCAGCACCAGGAGAUUACGACCCAAGGCCAAACUCAGGCAUUGCAGUAACGUCCUGCUUCAGAUCCACUGUACCACGACUGAACAGCGUGCACACUGGAACUCCAGGACCUGGCGUGUAUGACCUGACAUGGCCCAAGGGUCAACGGCUUAGAGCUGGGGUCAACGUAGGAUGGGCUCAUGACCUUCUGUAUCGCAACAUACCAUUAAAUUUACCAUUACAGUGA